AUGGAUCAGCUAAGGUUAGACCACCAAGAGCAGUCCACCAUCCUCCAUGAGAUAAGAGAAGAUCAAAGAACCAUGAGGGAUGAGCAACAGAGGCAAAGGUACUUUCUAGCUGAAAUUAAGGAGCUUGAGCAAAAGUCUGAUUCAGAGACAGAGAAAGGAUUGCAAAUGCUGAAGAAUAAAGAAGGGGUCUCUGAAGAGGCAAUAGCCAAUGCUAUUGUUUCUGGGUUCAAUGGUCAACUCAAAGGAUGGUGGGAUAACUACCUUUCUGAUAGCCAAAAAUACUCAAUCUUUUCUGCUAUCAAAGUUAAUAAUCAAAAUGAACCCAUCAUUGGUGACGAUAGAGAACCCAUCCCUGAUGCCGUUAACACCUUAAUCUUUACUAUAGCCAGCCACUUCAUUGGUGACCCAUCUCUUUGGAAAGAUCAUUUUGCUGAAUUACUUUCCAAUCUAAGGUGCAAAACUUUGUCUGACUUUCGAUGGUAUAAAGACACCUUUCUUACUAGGGUCUAUACCAGAGAAGACAGUCAACAACCCUUUUGGAAACAAAAAUUCCUUACAGGACUUCCCAAAUCCCUGGGAGAUAAAGUAAGGGACAAAAUUCGCAGCCUAACUCCAGACAGGAUAAUACCCUAUGACGAGUUGAGUUAUGGCCAACUCAUUUCUUUCAUUCAAAAGGUUGCUCUGAAGAUUUGUCAAGAUGAUAAAAUCGAAAGGCAACUUGCUCGUGAGAAAACUCAAAAUCGUAUUGAUCUGGAAACUUUCUGUGAACAAUUUGGUCUUCCUGCUUGUCAUCCAAGAAAAUCUAAAAGACCAUCCAAUCGAAAAGUUUUUAAACCUAUUCCUAAAAGAAUUUCAGAAGAUCCAGAAAAGAUUAAUAAUAUUUUGAUAGAAAGUUCAGAUAAUGAUUCUGACCCAGAAUCUUCAGAUGAUAUCAAUAACAUCCAAGUUGAUGACAUUGAAUCAUCUUCAGAUUCAGAAGUCAGGCAAAUUAAUGUUUUAUCCAAAGAUCAAGAUCUCUUAUUUGAUGCUAUCGAGGCUAUUGACAAUCCAGAACAAAAGAAAGACUUCCUUUUGAAAUUGAAAAGAUCUUUGCAAAAUGAGAAGAAACCAAAAAUUUGCAAAGAACACAUUGUUGAUCUUCCCUAUAAAAAAGAUUUCAAGGAAUCAAAAAUCCCUACAAAAGCCCGCCCCAUUCAGAUGAAUGAGCAGCUUUUGCAGCAUUGUGAAAAAGAAAUUAAAGAUCUUUUGGAUAAAGGAUUAAUUCGUCCUAGCAAGAGUCCUUGGUCCUGCUCUGCUUUUUAUGUUAAUAAACAAGCUGAGAUAGAAUGA